AUGAGUCCGACUUUCAACCUCAUCCUCUUCAACCUCGUCUCUCCUCAACCACUCCUCCUCAACCUCAGCCUCGUCGCCGCUAAACCUCCUUCCUCAACAGAUAUGCCUAGAACGGUUUCCCCUAGACUGUUCUAUCGUUCUAAAAACGGAGACGUUGAGAGGCGUAUCGUGACCGAGAACGCCGAAAACGCCGAAAACGCCGGAAAUGUUGAGACUCGGAGGCGUCUCGUGACCGAGAGCGCCGAGAAUGCCGAGAACGCCGAGAACGAUGAGGACGCCGAGAACGAUGAGAACGCCGCCGAGCGCGCCGGCAGAGACGGCAACCCGCAUGCUACAGUCAACAGUGCUCAACGGAAAAGGCAACGGACCGAAAAACGUCAAGUCAUUUCAGUUGACAGCGAUGCUGAUCCCAUUGAUUCACGAUUAAGACAACACUAUUUCAGACAUGCUACAGCGGUAGAAAAAGAAUCAAGACGGGUUCAUAGGCGUGUAGAUGAUUUUGAUAAAAGAUUAAAUUCUUUGGAAAGAAGGUUUCGGGAGUCAAUGGAGAGUCCGAGGGAGGGAAAGGAAGUAAGGUCUGCAACUACCAUUAACAGAAAAUGUAAAUAUUACCGGUUAGCUAUUGAGAGAGCAAAGGGGAAACACCUCAAGUAA